CCUCCCUCCCUUGCACGGCUGUUAACUCUAUCCUCCCUGGUUCUGGCUGCUGCAAACAUAAUCUAUGCUAGUGUCAAUGGGGCUUGGGUGCGUUGUGGAAUGUGGUUUGUCUCCACCCCAGUGUUCCUGAUUGCGGUCACAAGACACACCUUGUACAGUACUCAGUGGCAACGCCUCCUGUAUAUGACCUAGGGAUCUGAGAUUACCAUGGAGCUGGGAGCAUUGGGGACUCUGAUUCUGGCAGUCUGUGGAAGCCUCAUGCUAUACUUCUUCACAUGGAGGAGGAAACUGAGGAGGAAAAACAUGCCCCCGGGACCGCCCCCACUGCCUGUACUGGGGAGUAUGCUGUAUGUGAGCACAAAAGAAAUGCCCCAGUCUUUGAUGAAGUUGAGUGAGAUUUAUGGUCCCGUGUUUACCGUUUACUUAGCAAAUGUGCCUACGGUGGUCCUGGCUGGGUAUGACUGUGUGAAGGAAGCUUUGAUAACCCAUGGGGACACUUUCAGUGUUAGAGGGGAUGUAGAACUUGGUAAGCUGCUCUUCAAAGGAUGUGGAGUGAUUCUGACCAAUGGGGAGUGCUGGAAACAGAUGCGUCGAUUCUCCCUCUCCACACUGAGGAAUUUUGGAAUGGGAAAAAGGAGCAAUGAGGAGCGGAUACAAGAGGAAGCACAUUAUUUGGGGGAAGAAUUUAAGAAGAAAGGAGGUGCCCCCUUUGACCCGACCCAUCUGUUGAGUUUGGCUGUCUCCAAUGUUAUCUGCUCAGUCGUGUUUAGAGAGAGGUUCGAAUAUGAAGAUGACAAAUUCCAGACUCUCCUAUCUUUGUUAAGAGAAAUAUCUGGGAUCAUGGCCUCCCCUUGGGGAAUGCUUAUGACUUUGUUUCCCAAAACCUUCCAAACAUUGCCGGGACCCCAACAGAAGAUAUUUAAAAAUCUUGCCAAAUUGAGAGAGUUCAUAGCAGAGUCCUUGGAAAGUCACAGAGUGGCACUUGAUAAAGAAUGUCCCCAGGACUUUACUGACUGCUUCCUAAUAAAGAUGGAAGAGGAGAAAAAUAACCCAAACACUGAAUUCCACUUUGAUAACUUAUUUGGCACAGUCCUUGACCUCUUCUUUGCUGGAACAGAGACCACCAGCACAACUCUGAAAUAUGGUUUACUCAUCCUUCUCAAGUACCCAGAUGUGGAAAAGAGAAUUCAAGAGGAGAUCGACCAAGUCAUUGGACAGAACCGAUGGCCAUCAGUGGAGGAUCGUAUCAAUAUGCCUUACACAGAUGCAGUUAUCCAUGAAAUUCAGAGGUUUGCUGACAUUGCCCCCCUCUCACUGCCACAUGCCGCCAGCCAGGACACAAAAUUCAGAGGAUACAACAUUCCUAAAGGUACUCUAGUGUUUCCGAUGCUAACAACCAUCUUAAAGGACCCAAAAUAUUUCAAGAAUCCAAAGCAAUUUGAUCCCACCCACUUUUUGGAUGAAAAGGGCUGUUUUAAGAACAGUGAAGCCUUCCUGCCAUUCUCUAUGGGUAAGAGGAGUUGUAUCGGAGAGGGCCUGGCCCGUAUGGAGAUAUUUAUCUUCCUUACAACCAUCUUACAGAGAUAUAACCUGAGAUCAGAUGUUUCUCCUGCAGACCUUGACAUUACCCCAAAACCAAACAGCAAUGGCCAAGUGACCAGGCCAUAUCAACUGUACGUCACUCCAAGAUAAGGCAGAUACUCAUUGAAACUGAGGAUAUUUUUGGACUUGCCUUUUUAUUAAUGCCAAUGUGACAAUUGAGAGAAUGUUCACACUUAUAAUAAUGCAACUUCUACUCUCCUACCGGAUGGUCCUGAUUCACCAAUAUGUACACUUUUAUUAUGUCU